AUUUCCAAACACACCAACGCACCAACGACGACGACGAAGAAGAAGAAGAAGAGGACGAAGACGAAGACAUGGGCUCCGGCCAUUGUUGCACCUUCUUCGAGAUCCUUCUCGCCAUCGUCCUCCCCCCUCUCGGCGUCUUCCUCCGCUACGGAUGCUGCAGCUGCGAGUUCCUGAUCGCCCUGCUCCUCACGAUCCUCGGCUACAUCCCCGGGAUCAUCUACGCCGUCUACGUCAUCGUCGCCGUCCAACCCGAUCGCCCCUCCCGCGACCUCGAGGAGCCGCUCGCCUAGGGUUUGCCCCCUCCGUCCCUCGAUCCCCACUGCUUCUUCGUUGAUUCGGUGAUGAUGACGCUUCUUCUCAUCUGUGUUUUCUGAAUCCGAUCGUUCUGUUCUGAUAUGAUGAUUCUGAGUUGAUUUCGUGAUGUUAUGGUCUCGUUUGGUAGUGUGGAGAUGCAAUGGGUUCUUAGAUUAUGAGCAUCUAAUUUGGUUUUUAAUUGAAGAAUUAAUUGUCCUAAAUUAGUGGUAUUAUAUUAUUAUUGUUUAUCUAUGCCUGGAUUUGAAUUGAUUCCAUGUGGAUUGAUGGAAUAUGUGAUCUGAUCGUACCAGUGAUGUUGAAAUCUUGUUCUAUUAUUGUGGAUAUAUAUAAUAUAAUGUUGUGAAUGGGUCCCUGAUUUGUUACA